GGAUAUAUGUUAACCUGGUCUUUGAAUAGAAACUACAAUGGUCAGAUGAGAUGACUCGUUUCUUGUUAGAACUGAUAACGCUGGAAAAACAAGAUGGAAAUUCUAAAGGCAAAAACUUGAGUGAGCAGGGAAAGCAAAAUGUUCUCAAAGAAUUUAAAAAACAGUUUCCAGUUGCGAUCACUUGGAACAAAGUGAAAAACAGACUUGAUACUUUGAAAAAGCAAUAUGAAAUCUAUCCUUCGAAAUUUCGCUCACAUCCAUUGCGUUUUAUACCGCUUCUUGACGUGGUAUUUCGAGAUGAAACUGUCGUGGUUGAGGAGUCAUGGCAACCAAGACGUGGUGUAUAUCAUCGUAUUCCACGAGUUGAGUUAAGUGAUGAAGAAGAAGUUCAGAUUCAAGAUUCACAUGAUCUUGAUCAUAUGGAACAAGAUGACACAGCCUGGUUAGAAACUCCAAUGAAAGAUACUCCAAAUGUUAUCGAGACAGAUCCUGUAAUGCCGUCACAACAAAGUAUGAAAGAUACAUCUCGUCACAAUCGAUGUCAAACAAAUACACAAUUUGUAGUUGAUAGCACACAUUCUUUUUAGCGACAGAAGAAGGUAAUUCUAGUCUUCUUUUAUUGUUAACUUUUGGCUCUGUUUUAUAUUUCUAUCAGUCAAGUUUAUUUGUUUUCUAAAUGAGUUUUUAUACUAUCUAAUGUUAGAAUUGAUAAUUAUGGCUUCACAAGAUAUUUUGGCUUCUGCUUCGAUGACGGUAUGCUAUUUACUAUUAACUUUGUCUUUAUUGGAUUGCAAAGAGUAAAUAAAUUCACUAUGUCUUGGUUUUCAGAAAGUUACAUGGACGAACGAGAUGACACCUACAUUACUUGAAUGUAUAAUUGUGGAGAAACAGAGCAAAGAUGAAGGAAACAGAUUUUUUUAAUCUGUCCCAAAAAGAAAAUAUUGUCAAGAAGCUUAAUGAGCAAUUUGGAAUAGAGAUGAGUUGGAAGCACGCUAAAAAUCGUUGGGAUUAUUUGAAGAAAUUUUACAAUAUGUAUAAGAUGAAUCCAGAAAAUCCACGUCUCGGAACAAAUUUUUUCGAGUAUGUUGCACAGCUUGAUGAAAUAUUUGGUGAUUAUUAGAAUGCAUGAAACAAUAAUCAUGCCAUAAAUUUAAUUGUUUUUAAUUAUUAUUUAUUAUUUUGUUAUUGGA